AUGACUCUCACCCUCACCCUCUUCCUCCUCCUCCUCCUCCACCGCCAUGCCUCCGCCUCCCGCGAAGAGAAAAGGCAUCGAAUCCGACCCUUCCGACCUUGUUUUCUCUUCCUGGGUGCCCCCGCCGACGCUUCCGCCUGCCCCGACGGUUUCUACGGCGUCGUCUGCGACGCCGGCGCCUCCGCAGUGGUCGCCGUCGCCCUCGACGGCCUCGGCCUCACCGGUGAACUGAAGUUCAGCAACCUCAUCCCGCUCAAGUUCCUGCAGAACCUGACCUUCGCCGGGAACUGGCUUGCCGGACGCCUCAUCCCGACUCUCGGGGUAAUGUCGUCACUCCAGGUGAUUGAUCUCUCUGGUAAUCAGUUCUAUGGUCCGAUUCCGUCGAGGUUGAAUGACCUUUGGGCGCUGCAUUAUCUCAACCUGUCAAAUAAUAAUUUCUCUGGGUGGAUUCCUACUGGAAUUCGAAACCUCCAGCUAUUGAAAGUGUUGGAUUUGCACUCGAACCAGCUGCAGGGGGGUGUGGAGGAACUGAUUCCGGAGCUGAGGAAUCUGGAGUAUGUGGAUUUGAGCAGGAAUAAGUUAGUCGGAUCGUUGGAACUCAGUGUUGAGAGUGUUUCUAGUUUGGCUAACACUGUGAAGUAUUUAAACUUGAGCGGGAACGAUUUUGGGGGUCGGCUAUGGGGGGAUGACGCCAUGAGAUUAUUCCAGAACUUGCAGGUAUUGGAUUUGGGUAAUAAUGAGAUUGUUGGUGAGCUGCCGGAGUUUGGGCAGCUGCCGAAUCUUUAUAGGCUGAGGCUGGGGAAUAAUCAGCUUUCUGGGUCUAUACCUGGGGAGUUACUGCAGGGAGUUGUCCCAUUGGUUGAGUUGGAUCUCAGUGUUAAUAAAUUUUCUGGUCCCAUCCCGGAUAUCAACUCAACAACUUUGGUUACUCUCAACCUCUCAUCAAACUCAAUCUCCGGUUCCUUGCCACCAUCAUUAGGAAAUUGUCUGUUUAUUGAUCUUAGCGGAAAUCUUUUAUCAGAUGACAUGUCUGUUAUGAAAAAUUGGAACCACAAUCUGGAAGCUUUAGACUUGAGCUCCAAUGGCUUGAGGGGAAGCAUCCCCAGUUUGACUCAUUUCGAAAAAUUGACUUUGCUCAGUAUUCGAAACAAUUCCUUAGAGGGGCCGUUGCCUUUAACAUUGGGCCGCAAACUCGUCACUGUUGAUCUGAGCUCUAACAGAUUUGAUGGCCCAAUCCCACAUAGCUUCUUAACUUCGGUCACCAUCACAAAUCUGAACUUGUCUGACAAUCAUUUGACUGGGCCAAUUCCUAUCCAGGACUCUCAUACGACUGAGCUAUUGCUUCUUCCUACUAUUCCACCUAUGGAGUCUCUCGACCUUUCGAAUAAUGCCUUAACUGGCGAAUUACCAUCGAAUAUCGAUAACUGGGGGAGGCUUAAGUUGCUUAAUCUUUCAAGUAAUAAUCUGUCUGGACAGAUCCCAAGUGAAUUAAGCAAACUUACUGUUCUGGAAUACCUCGAUUUGUCCCAUAACAAUUUCAACGGUCACAUUCCAAGUAAAUUGCCAUCAAGUCUCAAGUUCUUCAACGUGGCUUACAAUAAUCUAUCCGGUAAAAUCCCCGAAAACUUGGUUGGCUUUCCCGAUUCUUCUUUUUCGCCUGGAAAUGAUGGUCUCGAGCAUCGUCAUAAUUCCUCGCCAGAUAAUAAUAAUGUCCCAGACAAUCUAAACAAGAGAAAUCGCCACCGGUCUAAAACUACCAUCACAAUAGCUAUAAUAGCUGCGUGUACUGGAGCUGCUGUGAUGAUUGCUGUAAUUCUUUUCGCCUACCGGCAGGCCCGACCUCACGAUUUUCACGGUUUUCGUCGGCCCUCAGAUAGUCAAGAAGUCAAAUCGGGAAGACUUGACUGUCCUUCGCCUACCAAUUUCCGCACAAGUGGUGUGGGACCUCCCCCAAACUCGUUGACUCCCAGUCAAACUGCCACCUGUCAACCGGUUACUAGUCACCCGACAACUUCCGGAAGGAAAUCAUCUUCUCCAGACUCUCCAAUGGCAUCAUCCCCUCGAUUUAUAGACACGAUCGAACAAUCUGUGACAUUGCAUGUGUAUUCUCCCGAUCGAUUCGCUGGGGAUUUGUUUUUCCUGGAUAAUUCACUUAUAUUUACGGCUGAGGAGUUGUCGCGGGCCCCAGCAGAGGUUCUGGGUAGAAGCAGCCAUGGGACUCUGUACAAAGCCACCCUUGAUAACGGGCAUAUGCUGACUGUCAAGUGGUUGAGAGUCGGGUUAGUGAAGAAAAAGAAAGGCUUUGCAAAAGAGGUGAAGAAGAUUGGGUCUAUAAGGCAUAAGAAUAUAGUUCCUUUACGGGCGUAUUAUUGGGGGCCACGAGAACAAGAGAGGCUUAUCUUGGCGGACUAUGUGUUGGGUGACAGCUUGGCCUUGCAUCUAUACGAGUUGACACCUCGGAGGAACUCCCCAUUAUCGUUCAACCAAAAGUUGACUUUGGCCAUCGACAUUGCUCUUUGCCUUCUGUUCCUUCACGACAGAGGCCUUCCUCAUGGGAACCUAAAGCCCACAAACAUAAUCUUGUGUGGCCCAAAUUACGCCGUCCAGCUCACAGACUACGGGCUUCACCGCCUGAUGACUCCUGCAGGCAUUGCCGAGCAAAUCUUGAAUCUUGGGGCCCUCGGUUAUCGGGCCCCCGAGCUAGCCAGUGCAGCCCGGCCCAUACCGUCGUUCAAGGCCGAUGUGUACGCGUUUGGCGUGAUCCUAAUGGAGCUGCUGACAAGAAAAAGUGCGGGUGACAUCAUCUCUGGCCAAUCAGGAGCCGUUGAUUUGACAGAUUGGGUGAGAUUGUGCAAUCAGGAGGGACGAGGAUUGGAUUGCAUAGACAGGGAUAUUGCGGGUGGGGAAGAAGAACAUACGAAAGCCAUGGAUGACUUGCUCGAGGUUUCUUUAAGGUGCGUUUUGCCGGUAAAUGAGCGGCCUAACAUUAGGCAGAUUCUGGACGAGUUGUGUUUGAUAUCGUCUGUGUGAAUGAAACUUGUAUAUGUUGUUGUUUUCCCUUCGGGGAAAAUCCAAUUCUUUAAUGUGACUUGGUUGGUUCAUCGGAUUUUUUUUAAUUUUUAUUUUUGGGGAUUUUUGUUGGGUAUUGGUGUUGUUGCCUUCUAAUUUGGGGCUGU